AUGCCCAAUAAAAAUGAGCAACGAAAUGAUUUCGGUAGCUGUGGAUCAGAACCAUUCGUAUCAACAUCAGCUGGACGAUUUUUUAAUGGCUUUUUUGAUGAAGCAAUGCGAUUUUUUGAUUAUCCACUAAGUAAUAUAGCACCACAAUGGAUGGAACAAACAGUGAUGCGAAACUGGAACGAUGCAAUCACAAUUACGGAUAAUAAUCAGAAAUUCUCUAUUGAAAUGGAAUUGCCAGAAUUUCGAUCGACAGAGCUCUCCGUACGAAUAGAUGAAUGCGAAAAAGAACUGUACGUGGAGGGUCGUCGAAGGCAUCAUCUUGAACGAAUCGGUUCGACCGAUCUUCAGUUUAAACGUAAAUUUGUUAUACCCGACGAUGUUCGUACAGAGGCUAUUGCUUCUUAUUUCACUCGUGGGAAAUUAAUUAUUUCAGCACCAAAAUUAUCCUCUCAAAUGACGAAACGUAAGAUUCCAAUUCAGACAAUCGAAGAGAAUUCGGAUAAUGAAAAUACGAAAACGGCCGAGUUAUCAGCUGCAUUUAUCGAUGAUAGCGAUUGUGAAUGUUAA